CACGCACUCCUUGACGUAGCGAGAGACCGGUUGCAGUGCCGCUCGUCUCUGUAGCAGCGCAGCACGUAUUGCGCAACGUGACUAACACCCAGGUCGCCCCGUAGCCGCCAAUCCAUCCGGUAAAACACCGUUAUCCUACAAAGUGGGAUUGGGAAGUGAGCCGACGAGAAGCUCUUCAUUUUAUUCUACACCAGAAUCAUCACAGGAAUCGGGUGCACGCGCCACACUCCCUAUACCGGACUCACCCACCUCUACAUCCCCACAGAGAUGACUCGCGCACGGUGUCGGAAGUCGUGAUGUAGCCGUUAGUGAGCGAGAGCACCAGCUAGCCCCUGAAGCAACAUCGCGGUUCAAGAACUCAACGGCUUGUAGCAGCAGGCAACCGUUUUUUCCCCGAGCAUCAAAUUGCAUAGAGUCUCGCUAGGAUUCAAAUGGCAACGCUUUUAACACAUGACAGUUCAUGUAUUCUAUCUAAACAAGACAUGGCAACCACUGGAACCGCUGAGGAGCCAUGUCCCUGGAUACCAUCUCAACCAUUCUGCAGCCAGGAGCAUCAGUGUGACCACUCAGUGAGGAGCUACGAGGGUAAGCACCAACGUGACGGACGGGACUGAAUAGACAUCAUUAUUGGGUCCCACCUACCUGAAGCAGCCUAUUCGAUCCACUGUCAUCACUGACAGUCUUUGGGCUAGGGCGGUAGUCUUCUGCUCUGCACCGUCUCUCUUCCCUGGCUCUCUGUUUGCUACAGAACCGCCAAGACAUCCACUGGCUCAGUAUACAAGCAGUACACCACUUUUGCAAAUUAAUUCGUCAAGCACUUGCUUUAUUGUGACAGUGUACUGAGGUGAAAACGCGCCUUUUAGCUUUUGGCGUUCAUAAAUUACCGUUGCAACGCAUUCAGAACAUUGGAGGAUUGGAGCGGCAGCGGUGUUCUAUCUAUACACGCGAGUUCCAUCGCUUCUCCAACCUCUUUCGUCAACCCGGAAAGGACUUCUUGCCUUUGAGAGCUGGAUAUGUUGAGAUUAACGUAAAGGAUGGAUCUAAUAAUAUCUGUUUUGGGGAUCCUGACGCUGUUACUGGAGGGCAUCAGUUGCCAAGGAGUGUACGCGCCCCCUACGGUCCGCAUCGUCCACUCGGGCCACGCCUGUAACGUUGAGGAGGAGCGCCACGCGGAGAGGGUGUACACAAUCCGGGAGGGAGAGACCCUUGAACUCACCUGUCUUGUCACAGGACACCCACGGCCACAGAUCCGAUGGACCAAGACAGCAGGCAGUGUGUCUGACCGCUUCCAGGACUCGAGUGUGUUUAACGAGACGCUGCACAUCACCAAGAUCCAGAGACACCAAGGGGGACGCUACUACUGCAAGGCUGAGAACGGCUUGGGCUCCCCGGCCAUCAAGUCCAUACGGGUCGACGUCUACUUGUACCUUCUCAAUGUUGCAUCAAAUCCAAAGUGA